UGUAAGCGACCUUGCCGCAUUAAAUAUAGACUGCCGUCAGUUUCUGUCGCCAACAAACCACUAGACUGGUACAAUCGCGCUCAUACACCGUUUCUUAUCACUCAAAAUGGAUAGAUUACGCCGUAAUCAUCGAACACAUACCGGUGGUGUGUUAAACAAGUGCAUAAUUGGUGUUGUGUGGUAAAGUGUUGUGUAAAAAUGUCUUCAGCGUCUUCCACGUCAGGGAGGAAACGUUAUGGUUCUCAGCACCCUGCUAGAGACGGACCACUACGAGAGUCUAAUCCAGGACUUGACCUGCACGAAAUGCAACAAAUACAUGAAGCCUCCCAUUUACCUGUGUGUGGACGGACACAGUAUAUGCGGGCCGUGCUAUGAGAAGAGCUACCAGUGCCAUGUUUGCAAGAAAGAGUUCGCCCUGAUCCGACCGAAAGUUCUGGAGUCUUUAGCGAACAAAGUUCUCUUCCCGUGUACUAAUGAAGGCUGCCCGAAACACGCAACUCUUACGAUACUCGAGAAACAUGUAGCACAUUGCCAAUACCGUAUUAUUAAUUGUUUUAUGGCUAGAGUUUAUGAAGGCGAAUGUAAUUGGGAAGGCCGCGCCGGCGAGUGGAUGGACCAUUGUUUUGCAGAACAUAAGAAAAGGGUGACUGAACUUCCCUUCAUUACCGUCAAAGAUCAAUGGAAUGCGAAACGUACAGAGCCCGUACUUAACUACUUCUUGCUAAGAUGCUAUGAAAAGAUUUUUAACGUAUACCAAAUAUACGAUAAAAAAGGAGGCCGUAUGAUGUGGACCGUGCUCGUUAAUGAUGAGCAAGCUGAGAAAUUCUACUUCGAGGUCGACAUAUUCCUUCCCAAUCUUCCAAGCAAAAGGAUCGUCUAUAGGCGUCCUUGUAAAUGCGAGAAAGACGCUGAUUUUCUGGAGCACACGCAAAAUGUUUACAUUCCUGUCGAAAACAUUUUCUCCAUGUUGGAUGAGAACGAAUCGAUAAAUUUCACUGUACGGAUUGGUGAAGUUGAGAACUUGCCGCUUCUGGACACUCCAACAGGUAGUGAGAGCCGUAUACUGCUGAAUAGCGAAGACGAUUAUAAAAUCGACCACUUAGACGGACAUUAGAAAACCUUAUAAGUAUUAAGGCCACAUUUGUAUGGCACAUUACAUCUUGUAUUAGUUGCAUAAAACGUACUUCGUAUUGCAUUCCUAGUUGUCAAUCUUGUUAUACUUAUAUGGAGAUUUCAGUAUGAACAUUUAACUUGUAACAAGAAAAUAUGACAUUGAAUGACGCCUGUAUGUUUUUUUAUCUCUUUCUGUGGGGGUGACCAAUUAGGUGUGAAAGGGAUAAAAAGCAUACAGGCUUCAUUCAAUGUCAUAUUUUCUUGUUACAAGUUAAAUGUUCAUACUGAAAUCUCCAGUGUAUUAGAUAUAAGCUUCUUGCUUAUAAUAUUAUCAUUGGGUUUCAUUAUCUUUCUUGUGGUAGUUAAAUAUAAUAAGAUUAAUUUUCUGACAACUGUAAGAGUAAAUUGCACAGUGUUGUAUAAAUUAAUCUAGCGAAGUACUAAUAUGCCAUGGAGUUAUUGAAAUAUAGAGUAGAAUUUUAUAAUUGUUUUAUUAAAUUUAUUGUGUAAUAAAAUGACAAGACAUAGUUUUAAGCCAUAGAUAAUGAAAGUAAUUUUACUGUAACACUCCUAAACACCAUAUUAUUGAAUUUUAGUAUAUUCCAAUCCUUUUUAUCGUAUUCACGAAACACAUAUUUUUUACCAUUAAAAAAUAACGUUAAAUAUAAUAAGAAUUAAUUUA